AUGGCAGAACGAAAUAAAAAGAAAAAAAAACAUGGCGUCGUAGAUCUCCUUUUCGAAACAAAAGCACACGAAGAACCUCUGGGUGUUUCUCAGAUAGAAGGUCUUUGUCUGUCUAGACCUGGAAACGAUACAGAAGACAAAGCUUACAGAUUAAGCGAAAGAGCUUUACUAACGGUUAAUUCAAUACAAAUUUUUCCGAAAGGUUUUCCAACGGAUUUUUCAAUAAUACUCGUAGUAAAACCCGAUCCAGAUACAAGCGUAUCAACCCUAUUUACCGUGUAUAGUGACACAGGAGAUGAUCAAUUAGCUGUUUCAUUGGGAAAAGAUGUUAUUUUAUUUUUACAAGAUGAAGAAACAAAACCACAAACUCAAAAUGUUAUAAGUUUUGGAGUCGGAAUAAACGAUGGAAAAUGGCACAGAUUGGGAUUCAGCGUUAAAGGAGAUGCUGCGACACUCAUAUUGGAUUGUGAAAAACAAAUAACAAAAGUUUUAAAUCGGGAACCAUUUUCUAAAAUAAGCGUCGCUGGAAUAUUUUUAAUCGGACAACAAUUAUUAGACGAAGGAUUUUUUAAGGGAGACUUACAAACGUUAAUGAUCUCAUCAACACCCGAUGCCGCUUAUGAAAUAUGUACCGAAUAUUGUCCACCGUGCGAUCAACCAUUCAAAUACGUUCAACCGAAAUUAAAUUUACCAGAAGUCAUUCAUGGUAAGCAACAGGGUAAAAAGAAAAAAAAACAUUUUCAAGCAUUGGAAAGUCAAUACACAUCACUCGAUGGAAAUUUAAUACGAAUUAAUGAAGAUUUCGAUGAAGAUGAUUACGAAGAGGGAAACGAUGAUGACGAAGAUGAAAAUCAAACGAAAGAAAAUUUAAGUUUUGUCGUACCGGAUAUCAAUAUAAUAUCCGUUACAAGGCAGCCAUCUUACGAUAAUAACACGGAACCUUUUGAAAGUGAAAACGUUCUUACCUACAAUUCAAAACAACCUUUUGAAGUCGGUGUGGAAGCUCAUUAUGUUAGAGGUCCUCCUGGUCCUAGAGGUUAUCCUGGAAUACCGGGUUUGCCAGGUCUUCCCGGACCCAAAGGAGAAAGAGGAAGAGAUGGUAUGGUUGGAAAUAUUGGUAUACCCGGUCCCCCAGGGCACGUGUUUAUGAUUCCCUUGAGUUCGUCCAGUACAGACAAAGGACCGGAUAGUCAAGCUGAACAUAUGAGACAUUUGCUUUCACAACAUAUGGUUGCAAUGAGAGGUGUAGAUGGUCCAAUGGGAAUCACAGGAGUUCCGGGACCUCAAGGUCCUCCAGGUCCUGAAGGUUUAAAAGGUGAACCCGGCGAAGUUGGAGAACCGGGUCCGCGAGGUUUGCGAGGUAUGAUGGGUCCACCUGGUAGAGAAGGUAGAAGAGGAAGACCUGGGAGAGAUGGUGAAAGAGGAAUGACAGGUCCACCAGGAACAAAAGGAGAACAAGGACUUCCCGGAUUACCAGGUUUGCCCGGAGAAAAAGGAGAAAGAGGAUUAUCUGGUGCACCCGGACAACCUGGAAUGACCGGACAUGAAGGAAUGCAAGGAGAUGAUGGACCACCGGGAUUGCCAGGUUUACCAGGAGAACUUGGUCCGAGAGGAUUUCCAGGUCCAAGAGGUUUUCCUGGAUUGCCAGGUUCACCAGGUGUUCCUGGAGGAGAAGGGCCACCGGGUGCAAAAGGAGCAAGUGGACCACCCGGGCAACCAGGAAAUCCAGGCCAACCGGGGCCUCCGGGUGCUAUAGGACCACCAGGCCCGCAAGGACCAUUAGGUCCUCCCGGAUUACCGGGCUCACCGGGAAAAUCAGGUUUACCCGGUCUUCCAGGAGCUGAAGGAGCUCCUGGACAUCCCGGAAGUCAAGGUAAUUCCGGUCCGAAAGGUGAUACUGGACCGGUUGGACCUCAAGGACCGGUCGGAUUUCCCGGAACGAGAGGAGUUAAAGGAGACGAAGGGAAAAGAGGGCCUUCCGGGGAAAAGGGAGAAAAAGGCGAUAGAGGACCAGAUGGAGAAAAAGGAGAUUUAGGAAUGAAAGGAGAUCGUGGGGUACCAGGUCCUGCCGGUGCGACUGGAUUAGAAGGACCUGAAGGACCAAAGGGUUUCGAAGGUCCUAGAGGUGAAACUGGACCCCCUGGUCCUCAAGGUGAAAAAGGAAAAAUAGGAUCCCCGGGUUUUGCAGGUUAUCCAGGAGCACCAGGAGAAAAAGGAGAUAAAGGUACAGAAGGUAGAAUCGGUCAGCCGGGAGAAAAAGGAGACAGAGGAAAUCAAGGACAACCUGGAGAAAGAGGAGAAACGGGACCGAGAGGUUUUCGAGGAGCUAGAGGAAGACGAGGUUCAGAAGGGACACCUGGUCCUAAAGGUGAUACAGGACAGCCCGGACCACCUGGUCCUCAGGGUGAAAGAGGACCACAGGGACCCGAUGGAGCAAGAGGAUUUCCUGGUCCGCAAGGAGCUCCUGGUAGCAACGGAAAAGACGGUCCACCUGGAGGCCCUGGUGAAAGAGGAGCUCCAGGUGAACCAGGACCGCAAGGGCCGUCAGGAGCGCCAGGCGUUGUUGGUUCUCCAGGUCCCGCAGGAGAACCUGGACCGAUAGGAGAGCCCGGAGCACCAGGACAUCCUGGAUUGCCCGGAGAACCUGGAGAUCCUGGUGAAAUGGGUAAAGAGGGACCAACUGGACCGGCCGGACCUGUUGGAAAACCAGGUCCUCCGGGACCACCUGGUGCACCUGGUUUUCCAGGAGAAAGAGGACAUCCAGGUCUUCCAGGAACGUCAGGACUGAAAGGUGAAAUGGGACCUGCGGGACCUAUGGGCCCUACAGGAGACAAAGGUCAACAAGGAGAACCAGGUAAAGACGGUCCACCAGGGCCAGAAGGCCGACAAGGCUCUCCAGGAUCACACGGAGCACCUGGAACUAAAGGAGACAGGGGAGAACCAGGUAUUGCAGGAGCUACGGGAAGAGACGGACUGCCUGGCUUAAGAGGAUUACCUGGUCCACCAGGUCCAAUUGGACCUCCUGGUGAGGAUGGUGAUAAAGGUGAUGUAGGAGCACCAGGAGAAAAAGGAUUUAAAGGUGCAAAAGGAGAAAUGGGUCCUCCAGGAUCUCAAGGAACACAAGGUAUUAGAGGUGAACCAGGAGCAUUGGGUUUACCGGGAGAAAAAGGACCUCCUGGAGAAAUGGGAAGACAGGGUGCAAAAGGAGAAGAUGGUCCUCCAGGCGUUUCUGGUCCACCAGGAGCUCCUGGCCCUCAAGGAUUACCAGGUCCACCGGGUGUAAAAGGUGAAAUAGGAGAUGUAGGAGCGAAAGGACCUUUGGGACCUGCUGGAUUACCCGGAGAACAGGGUCCUAGAGGAACAAAAGGAGGAGAAGGUCCUACUGGGCCACCCGGUCCGGAAGGAUUACAAGGACCAAAAGGUGAACCCGGAAACCCAGGUCUCCCAGGCCCACCUGGAUUGGAUGGAAAACAUGGUGAAGUUGGACCUCCCGGGCCAAAAGGAGAAGAAGGAAAAUCCGGACCGCAAGGAUCUCCAGGACCAAGAGGACCUGCAGGAGUAGAAGGAGCUAAAGGAAAUCCAGGUCCUCCUGGAUUUCCCGGACCAGCGGGAGAACCUGGAAUUCCUGGACCAAAAGGGGAGGCAGGACUGGAUGGUAGUGAAGGUAAACCAGGAGAUACAGGUCCUCCGGGAGAAGCAGGAUUACCAGGCAAACCUGGAGAACCAGGACCUCCUGGUAAAGUUGGUCCUGAAGGGCCAGCCGGUAUUCAAGGAAGUCCAGGACCCCCAGGAGAAAAAGGAGAUGGAGGACCCGUUGGACCGAUGGGACCGCAAGGAUUAAUAGGACCGCAAGGUUUGCCAGGCCUACGAGGACCUCCUGGGCCUGUAGGCUCUCCAGGAAAUGCUGGAGACGUAGGACCUCCAGGAAAAACGGGUGCAGAAGGUCCACCCGGUAAAAAUGGUGAAAGAGGAUUAAAGGGUAUGAAAGGGGAUAGAGGUAGAAGAGGUUCUAAAGGUCAUCGCGGUGAAAUGGGAUUGCCUGGCAUUAAAGGUGACAUGGGGGAAAAAGGUGAGAGAGGACUAUUAGGAAUGCAAGGAGUAGAAGGAAAGAAAGGAGAAAUCGGACCGCCAGGUCCGCCGGGUCCCAAGGGUAACGACGGUCCACCUGGAAUGCCAGGAGUUGAAGGACCGCCGGGAGCUAAAGGUUCACAAGGAGUUGCAGGAAUGAAAGGAGAACCAGGAAAACCAGGAUUACCAGGUCCUCCAGGUCCACCGGGUGAAUUUCCAUUACUACCUCCAGAAUUACUUUUUCAAACGGGUACCGAAACAGAAAGUCAUUUUAAAGCAGAUUCUCGAAGGAGGAGAGACAUAGAAACUGAAUUAUUAGAACUCGAAGAACUAAUAAAAGAAGAAGAAAGAGCAACGGCCACCUCAACAUCCAAACCCGGUACAAACACGAAUAAAAAAUCAAAACAAAACAACGAAGACAAUGGAAAAUUUUUAGACAUGUACAGCUCCAUUUACACGAUGAGACAAGAUUUAGAAAGGAUAAGAAAACCUUUGGGAACUCGCGACAAUCCUGUUCGAACCUGCAAAGAUUUAUUUUACGGCCAUCCUCAUUUUAAAGACGAUUGGUAUUGGAUAGACCCUAAUUUAGGAAUGACAGAUGAUGCAGUUUAUGUUUUUUGUAACAUAACGGGCCAAGGUGAAACUUGCGUUUUUCCAGACAUACAUUCUCGUCAAAUGCCAAACAUUCCUUGGAGAAAAGAAGGUGAAAAAACGGAUUGGUAUUCGAACCUGAGAGGAGGAUUUAGGAUAACUUACGAAACGAUCGGAGUCGUACAAAUGACUUUUCUAAGAUUAUUAAGUCAAGAAGCUUAUCAGAAUUUCACAUACACGUGUAUAAAUGCAGCAGCCUGGCACAAUCAAAAAGGUGACAAUUACAACUUUUCAAUACGACUAUUAGGAGAAAACGAAGUCGAAUUUGGUUACAACGAAAUAAAACCUAUAAUAUUAGCAGACGGUUGCAAGACGAGAAAAAGUAAAACGGAAACAAUUUUCCAAAUAAAAACUAAAAAUUUAGAACAACUUCCGAUAAUUGAUUUUUAUCCGGUCGAUUACGGUCUACCAAAUCAAGCAUUCGGUUUUCACGUGGGUCCCAGACUAGUAGACAUGCAUACGUGA